CAAUUUUCCUGAAGUGAAAAGUUCUUGAUCAACCUUGUUUAAAUAGAUGAAGCAAGGUGUUAUAUUCACAAAAGUCCCAACAAUCCCAAACUGUACUUUGUAUUUCCAAUCAACAAACUCUCAUCUUCUGCUUUCUCUCUCGAGACAUGGGAAGACUUUUCUUGAUCGAUCUUGAAGGAAAACUCUACAGCUGCAAGCAUUGCCAGACACCUUUAGCCCAUGCUGAGCAUUACGUUUCAACGGGUUCACAUUUCUCUUAUGGGCUGGCUUAUGUUUUUCACAAAGUUGUAAAUGUUUCGUACGGAGAGAGAGAAGAACGGAUGAUUAUGCCAGGAUUCGAUGAUUCUACUAUCAUCCUCAUAUACUGUGUCAAAUGCGGGUCCAAUGUUGGAUGGAAAUUCGAGUCGGCUUACGACCUAAAUCCGUGGGAAACGACGAUUAUGCUUCCAAGGUCAGAGGUAUUGGUGCCUGGUGAAGUCCCGAACAUGCGUUUGCCUGCUCGCUCUUGAAGAUGCUUGAUUUACUUACUUGAGGAUCGUUUCCUUUUGAAUUAUACAUUCUUUAUAUGCUAGCUUCAUCAUGUUGUUAAAACGUAG